AUGCUUGCCAAGCAGUUCAGCAGCAUCAAUGAGAGUCAACUUCUGCAGGAGUGGCAGGCAUUUCAGGUCCUUGUCACGUCGGGCAUUCUGAAAGAAAAGUCCCAAUUGGAGGUCCUAACAGCAAUGGCGUCAGGGUAUGAAGAGCUGCACCUCCUCUACCCAAACCUCUCCCUCCUCAGUGCCAUCGCCCUCACAAUUCCAGUGUCAAGCGUAAAUUGCGAGAGAGACUUUUCAGCGAUGAACAGGAUCAAAACAGACCUGCGAAGUAGGCUGCAGGGUGACAGCCUCACAGCCUGCAUGACGAUUAGCAUAAAUGGCCCACCAGUAGGGCAGUUCAAUUACAGCAGAGCACUGGAGCUGUUUUUUGAAAAACCCAGAAGGAUGGCCUGCAAGGACAAGACUUGCAAGAUGUGCCAUAAGUAGCCUAGUAAAUGUUGCACUCUAUGUUGUUUCUAACCGUUUUUCCCUUAUGUAAAUGACCUGCACUUUUUGUUACUUUUUUCUUGCUGCUGUACUGAGAGCACUUUCAUUGGCCAGGAAACCAUUUUACCUCAGUUUUUGUAAGUAGUUGUGACAUUUAAUUUCAAUAAAUACCUA